AUGGGGAGGGGCGGGGCUUAUGGCAGGGGGGAAACCACACAACUACCAAAUUUUAGUAAAUAUUUGGAUGAAAUUGCUUUUAAUAUUUGUGAAGCAAAAAUUAAAAUUGCUGAUUUGUCAAGUCUAGUUGAUUUUAUUGUCAAAAUUUCGUCAUUAUAUAAUCAAUUUUCAACACAUUUAUUGAAUGAAUUUAAAAAACAAAUGCCUUCAAAGAAGACGGAUAAAGUGGAGAAUCCGUCAAAAUUGAGAGUUGAUUUGAGAUUUUUCACAGAACUUUUACUUAAUGGAAUAUUUGGACGUGAAGGACUUCAAUUACUUGGUGCUGUUUUAGCUUUUUUAGUUAAUACAGAUAAACAAGAGCAUUUAAAUACAAGUGUGUUGAUGCCUUUUUGUAAAGCACAUUUUUAUCCAAUUACUGGAAUUUUACCUUAUUCUAUGCAACAGUAUACAAAGAUUUUGCCAGCAUCGAAAGAAGUAACUUCAGAUACGGAGCAGAUAGACAUUAUUAUUCAAAUACUUGAAGACUAUCGCAAAUCUUUGGUUGAACAUACAAAUAAAAAAUAUGAGGAAAUGAUAAAGUUGGAAAUGUCGUUGGAAAUGUCGUUAAAAACUGGAGGUACUUCUUCCUCCAAUGCCUCAAAACGUUUUGAUCAGACUAAACAACAUUUUGAACGUCUCUUAGAAUAUGAAAACGAGCUGAGCGAAGUUUUAGGCCAGGCACCAAUGCAAUUCCCUCAAGGAAAUGUUAGUGUUGAUGAACGCGGAGUUGGCGCGAAUGUUAAUCUUUCAAAUGAGGAAGUGAAGACGAAUAAUAAUUCAAUUAAACGUGAAUCUGCUUCAAAUGUUCUAACUUCAUCUACUCAAACAGAAAAUCCUCGGUCUAAUUUGCCUCUGGAAAAUUUACAAAUGGGAUCUGAUACGCCUUCACCUAAUAGUGGGACUUGGAACUUUAUUUCAAAUGUUUUCAAUCAAUGCCGUCGAAGUAUUUCAACCAACUAUCGUCGAUGCAGUAGAAGUAUUUCAACCUACUAUCGUCGCUCCAAGCGAAGUGUUUCUCAAGUUUGUUCAAAAACUCUAUUCUGGACUUUGGUUUUGGCUGUAUUGGGUUUUGUUGUUACUUGUGUUGGUGUAGGUGCAACAGUUUGGUUCUUUAUGCAUUCUCAAGUGAAAGAUUUUGGGAACACAUUGGAUAAGCGUUUGGAUCGUUUCGAAAAAGAUUUGAAGAGUGAUUUCAACUUGCAAUUUCGUGGUAUAAAUCUGACAAUAAAAGAAUUGGAAUUUAAUUUGUCCAAAAAAAUUACGAAUUUUGGAGGAAGAAUGAACAGAAAAUUUACAAAAAUGGAAGGAAGAAUGAACAGAAAAUUUACAAAAAUGGACACAAAAAUUACGGAUUUGGACACAAAACUCGGAAAUCUUACUGAAAGGAUGAACAAAAUGGACACAAAUAUCGUAAACCUUAAUUAUGUUUUCUGGCACUUAACCAAUGUAAAUAUAACUUUAUGGCGACACAUCGAUGACGUCAAUUCGAGUUUAAGUUCAAAGAUCGAUGCUUGGUAUCAACAAAAACAUUUGGAUAUUAUUCAGGAUCAUAAUUAA